AUGACGGAAGACUUGAAGUUGAUCGUGAUCGAGCUGAACAAGCUGCUCGAGACGGACUACAACCUGAUAAGCUUCGAUUCGCUGUCACCAGAGUCGCUGCUGCAGGUGUUGGUGGAUGUUUUUCACGCGUUCGGUGCCAUCGAACGGACCGACGUGCGUGAGAGCGACCCGGAGGACACGAAUGGGCUCGUGAUGGAGGCACUCCGGAAGAUUCAGUACCGUCCGGCGGAGGACAUCGAGGAUCCGGGCGCGUUUCGGCGGGGGAUGGUGCGCGGUGAGAAGAAGCUCAUCCAUCCGAUCCUGCGCUGGGUGUUUGAGAACCGUGACAGGGUUAAGAAGACCGCAUACCUAGCCAAGUUCUUGAUUCCGUUGGACCUGCCCCCGGAGGCGAUGGCGAUGCCAGAAUUGGGCAGUUUGUGGGCGCAGUAUCUGCAGACGAUGAACGACUUCAAGGAUGCGCACCGAGCGCACGAACAGUCGGUACACGAGGGUACGCAAACGCGUGAGCUACGCAACGACAUCAGCGCGAUCGAGACGGAGAUCGAGAACGUGAAGAAGCGCAUCGAACGUACGCAGGCCAGGUUAGACAAGGUGCCGCAACAGGAGCUGCUGCUAGAGGCCGCCAACAGCCUGCGGAUCGAGAAGGAACGCCAGAAGGAGCUGCUGCAGCAGAUCGACGAGCAGAAGCAGGGCCUCGCUCGAGGAACGCUGGUGCACGAGCGCCAGCAAAAAGAGCUGCAGAAUGCCAGGAUGGCCGUACAGGGUGCAACUCCGCAGAACCUGAUGGAGAGCAUCGUGGAGGAGACACAAGUGCUCGAGUUUAUGGUGCAGCAAAAGUUGCCCCAAGAGCUGCUGCAACGGCGUUCCGAAGUGCAAACUUUGCAGGAGGUGAUCGACGAGCCGCACAUCGGCCGGGCGGAUCUGCAGGACCUGCAGCAGAAAGUGGACGAGCUGAGCGGCGAGAUUCAGCGGUUGGUUGAGGUGCGAAUGGCCGAACACAGCACGCAAAACGACACGCUUGGUCCGUUCCGGCAGCAGGCCGCAAUGGUCGCACGCAAUAAGGAAGCCGCGGCCGAACAGCUCGAUCAGCUGACAAAGGAAUUGCGUGAGACAGAGCGGCAACUUCUGGAGCGCCAACGUCAGCUUCAGGACACCGUCGGUGAGGUGAUCCUGCGUGGCGAAGACCUCAAACAGUUCGUCAACACGCUACGCGCAAAGAGCAACGUGUACAAGCAGCAGCGUGCGGAACUGGCCGCUGUGAAAGCCGAGGUGGGCGACCUAACACAAACCCUGGGCAAUCUGAAGGCACAAGAUCCGUCCCUGUCCGCGGUGCUGUCGCAGAUGACGGACGACGAAUCGGGCCAAGGUCUCGACCCCGAGAAAGCGACCGGUCGUGACGCAGAGGACACUCGGCCGGAAUCACCCAGUAGUUCGCGGGGCAUGACGGAGCUGGCCCGACUCGUCGAUGGGCUCCAAAGGGCCGUUGGAGGGGCUCGUGAACGCGUUACACCCCUUUCGCAGCAGCUCCGACCGCUUAGGGAGCGCGUGAUCGAGCUGAAAGACGAAAUGGACUCCAAAAAGCAGAGCUACGAUGCACUUAUCGCCACCCUCAAUGCCGAAUCUGCAACGAUGCAAACGAAGAUCACGGAAUCGGAACGCGCCAUCCACACGCUCGAGCAGCAGUGGCAGGAGUUGCAGAUGGAGCACGAACGCUCGCAGUUGUUGCUGGAAAAAGCGAACGAGGAGCUGUCGGCCACUGGCACCACGGGUCGCACCUCGCUGAAGGAAACGUUGUCGCAGCAGAUCCUCGAACAGGAGACGUCGGUGAAGCGGCUGGUGGAGGAGAAAGCCAACCUGCUCGCCAGCAAGAACGAUCGGGCCCAGCAGCUGCAAAUGUGGAGCGAUUUGCGAAAGCUGUUCGAGGUGAAAAUCCGAUGCCUGCACGAGGGCCAACAGCGUGGCCCGGGUGGGACGCUUUCUGUGAGCCGUGGAGGCGCUGAAACAUUCACAUUGCAAUGA